UCACUCACUCAAGCUAGCAGGGGCUCACUGAGUUGCACCGAUGGCGUCGAGCGGUGGAAUGAUGUUGGCCAUGAUGGGCCUCGUGGCCGCGCUGGUCUGCCCUGCGGUGGCAUCAGAGUUCAUCUCCAUGCCCACCGACGACGUCGUGCUCCCUGAUGGCCUCUCCUACGACUUCCACGCCCAGUCCUGCCCCAACCUGCAGGACAUGGUGCGCGCCGCUGUGGUGACAGCGCGCAACAAGGACAUCGGCGUCGUCGCCGGCCUCCUCCGUGUCUUUUUCAACGACUGCUUCCCUAAUGGCUGCGACGCGUCGCUCUUGCUGGAAGAAAGCCCCCACUACUUGAGCGAGCGGAUGAUUUUGCCCCAUAACGCCGGGCUGCACGAGGGCGCGCUCAACCUCAUCGAGAGUAUCCGCAAUACCGUGCACAUCACCUGCAAGAACGUGUCCUGCGCCGACAUCAGCAUGCUCGCCACCCGGGAGGCCAUCAUGCUGUCAGGGGCACCAAGCUACGAUGUGCCGCUCGGCUGGAUGGACAGCUUUGGUCCGGCCACGUUUGAUGAGGUCGACGAGUUCCUGUUCAUACCCAAGUAUUCCAAGAUCUUUGAUCUCGUCACGGUCUUCGGGUUCCGCGGCUUCGACAGGACUGACCUCGCCGCGCUUUCGGGCGCGCACACCAUCGGGAAGACACGCUGCGGGAGGGUCGACGACCGCACCGUCACCCCUGGCGAUGACGUCGAGUUCGUCAACUUCAUCAAGAAAGUUUGCAAAAUCAAUCCUGACCAUAGGCAAGACCUUGACGUUACCACCCCUAACACAUUCGACAAUAAUUACUACCGCAACCUCCUGGCGGGUAAGGCGGUGCUCGGUUCCGACACGGAGCUCCUCCUCGACAGGGUGACCAAAGAUUUGGUUGAGAAGUUUGCUAAGGACCAGGGCUUGUUCUUUUCACAGUUCGGCAAAUCCAUGUCGAAGGUAGCACAUAUUUCCGUGGGAGCAAACUAUGGCGAGUACCGCCGCAACUGCUUCAGGCCCAACUUUAUAAGGAACCUCACAGACGAGGGUUUUGUGGCCAGAGAUUGAUUAUUCGAUCGAUGUAUCAAACCAUAUGUUUUGUUUGAUUGACAUUAGCUUUAUGCAUGCCCACAUAGUCUAGAGCCACUCGGCGGGCCACUUGUAUGAUUGUAUCGUCUCAGAUCUGCAACUAUUCCUGCUCUCUGUUGUUGGGAAUUGCUGGUAGAUUUUGUCCUAAAAAAUUCUCCAUCCUUCAGCUU